AUGCAGUCUGUCCUGAAUUUCUUCCUUCUCAUCGGCCUCUUCCAAUACUGUCAGUCGGCCGGAUUCCUCCGUUUCCAACUGACUGCUGACGGCGACUGUCUUCUUCAUCUGGAGUCUUCCUAUUAUUCUGAAACGGUCCGUCUUCUUGCUUACGAGACCCGGUCUCUUGAGAUCUAUUCUCCUGGAUCCCCCAGCGAAAUCUCCGUCCGCUUUCACCUUCUCCACCAUUUCUCAGGCAGAUCUCUCUGUGAUCCGUCCGACCACGUCUUCCGUCUCGAUAACAACGGCGUUGUGGAUUCCCGGGUGAUCGACACUAAUCGGGUUAUUCUUUCGGUCCGUUCGGUGUUCGAAUGCGAGCAAGGAUACUUCGGUCCUCAAUGCGAACGUCGUUCCCGCCCAAUCGAAGUUUCCACUGCUGUCGUCCCGACUCCAUCUCCUUUGUUUUCCUUUGAAAUCUCCGACGAGUAAGUUUCCCUUCUUAUCUUCUCAAUUUCCAAUUUAUUCCUUUUCAGUGUCAUCAUCUACUUCUCGGUCGCCUUCCUCGUCUUCCUGUUCAUCCUCGCCAACUGCCUUUUCUGCUGCAGCCGGUCCGGUUCGAUCCGUUCCUAUCAGGACACUCUUCCACUCGAAAUCCCGGAGAUCAAAGUGUUCUCCAUUGAUGAGUACUCUGUGUGCACCUCCAAAACCGAAGAGACGGGAACGGAAUACGUGGAUGCUCUCAGUCAAUUUACUUCCGACAUCAAGCUCCAAUCUAUUGUCUAA